AGGCAGCAAUAAGAAAGUUUGCAUUGCAGCGGCGUCUUGCUCCAAAGCACGGACGAGCGAAAAAGAGUGCGUGUGCGUGGAGGCAGGAAUCGCGGUAAUCAUCACCGACCAGACCAAUUCCUCUCGUCCUGCUCGCCACCGGCUUCAUUUCGUUUAUUUAACGCGCGGGUGCGGAUCUGCGGGCCGUAGAAAAGUCAGUUGUCUUUUGAGCGUUGCCCGAUCGUCGUCGUCGGCUUUCGUUCGCGGAUACUCUGCUUCCCAGUUCCUUCGACUGCGUACGGAAUUUCCAACGGUUACUACGCUAGUUAAACCAUUUCCAGGGUGCUGUCUAACUGCUGAGGAAAACAUACCCGGAGAGAAAGAAUGUCGUCCGGUGGUCAGGUGCAACGGUUCAUUCAGCAUGGAGCCCACAAGGGAAAAGGUAUCGCCGUUUUCACCAGCGGAGGUGACUCCCAAGGCAUGAAUGCGGCUGUCCGAGCCGUCGUUCGGAUGGGCAUUUAUGUCGGAUGCAAGGUCUACUUCAUCCGCGAGGGCUACCAGGGCAUGGUGGACGGUGGAGACAAUAUAGUCGAGACGAAUUGGUCCUCCGUGUCGAGCAUCAUCCACCGCGGUGGAACCGUCAUCGGGUCGGCCCGCUGCACGGACUUCCGGGAGCGUGCCGGGCGACUGCAGGCGGCCCACAAUCUGGUGUCGCGUGGAAUUACGAAUCUGGUCGUGAUCGGUGGCGAUGGUUCGCUCACCGGAGCCAAUCUGUUCCGCCAGGAGUGGGCCAGCUUGCUGGACGAGUUGCUGGCCAGCAAUCGUAUCACGCAGGACCAGCGGAUCAAGUACAAGAGUCUGCACAUCGCCGGUAUGGUCGGUUCGAUCGACAACGAUUUCUGCGGCACGGACAUGACCAUCGGCACCGAUUCCGCGUUGCAUCGCAUCAUCGAGGCGAUCGAUGCGAUCGUCAGCACGGCGUACUCCCACCAGCGUACCUUCAUCAUGGAAGUGAUGGGACGGCACUGCGGCUAUCUGGCGGUCGUUGCCGGUGUGAUUUCGGAGGCCGAUUACGUAUUUAUUCCCGAGUCGCCGCCACCACGGGAUUGGGAGACGAAAAUCUGCGACAAGCUGGAACAGGAGCGAUCGGCGGGCCAGCGCUUGAACAUCAUCAUCGUGUCGGAAGGUGCGAUCGAUCGCGAUGGUAACCCGAUUACGGCGGAAAAGGUGAAACAGGUCGUGGUGGAUCGGUUGCAGCAGGACACGCGCAUCACCGUGCUCGGUCACGUGCAGCGCGGCGGCAACCCGAGCGCCUUCGAUCGUGUGCUGGGCUGCCGGAUGGGUGCCGAGGCGGUCCUAGCCCUGAUGGAGGCGGACGACAAGACGGAACCGUGCGUGGUGUCGCUGGACGGUAAUCAGGCGGUGCGCGUGCCGCUGAUGGAGUGCGUCGAGCGGACGAAAUCGGUCGCCCAGGCCAUGGCGGACAAGAACUGGGAGCUGGCCGUCAACCUACGGGGCCGCUCGUUUGCGCGCAACCUGGAAACGUACAAGAUGCUGACGCGCCUGAAGCCACCGAAGAGUGCGUUCGAUGAGCAGGGCCGCGGGGUCGGCGGGUACACGAUGGCCGUGAUGCACAUCGGUGCGCCGGCCUGCGGCAUGAACGCGGCGGUGCGCUCGUUUGUGCGCAACUGCAUCUACCGCGGCGACACGGUGAUGGGCAUCCACGACGGUAUCGAGGGUCUGGUCGGGGGCCAGAUCAAGAAGAUGGAGUGGUCCGACGUAACCGGAUGGGUCGGUCAGGGCGGUGCGUUCCUCGGCACGAAGCGUACGCUGCCGGAGGGCAAGUUCAAGGAGAUCGCCGCGCGGCUGAAGGAGUUCAACAUUCAGGCCCUGCUGAUCAUCGGUGGCUUCGAGGCGUACCAUGCGGCGGGCCAGCUGACCGACCAGCGGGACAACUUCAAGGAGUUCUGCAUCCCGCUCGUCGUCGUUCCGUCGACCAUCUCGAACAACGUGCCCGGGACGGAGUUUUCGCUCGGCGCGGACACCGGGCUGAACGAGAUCACGGAGAUCUGCGACCGGAUCCGCCAGUCGGCGCAGGGCACGAAGCGGCGCGUGUUCGUGAUCGAAACGAUGGGCGGCUACUGCGGCUACCUGGCCACGCUGGCCGGGCUGGCCGGCGGGGCGGACGCGGCCUACAUCUACGAGGAAAAGUUCGCGAUCAAGGACCUGCAGCAGGACGUGUACCACAUGGCGUCGAAGAUGAGCGAGGGCGUGCAGCGCGGCCUGAUCCUGCGCAACGAGAAGGCGUCGGACAACUACAACACCGAGUUCAUCUACCGGCUGUACUCGGAGGAGGGCAAAGGCCUGUUCUCGACACGCUCGAACGUGCUCGGCCACAUGCAGCAGGGUGGUUCGCCGACGCCGUUCGAUCGCAACAUGGGCACCAAGAUGGCGGCCAAGUGCGUCGAGUGGUUGGUGGAGCAGCUGAAGGCCAACACCAAGCCGGACGGUUCGAUUCUCGCCAAAGGCCCCGAAUCUGCCUGCCUGCUCGGUCUGGUCCGCCGGCAGUACAAGUUUUCGCCGCUUAAGGAGCUGAUUGGCGAAACUAACUUCGAACAACGCAUCCCCAAGCACCAGUGGUGGCUGAAGUUGCGCCCCUUGCUGCGGAUUCUGGCCAAACACGAUUCCACGUACGAGGAGGAGGGCUUAUACAUUACGGUCGAGGAGGAAAUGUCUACCGAUUCGCCGUGUGCCUAAGGAGAUCCGAGUGCUUCCCGGGAGAACUCCUUAGUUUUCUUAGCAACGCUAAUUCUAUCCUCAACCAAAAGUGUCCAAAGAACCCGAUGCUCUGAUGACCGGCACAUUCAUCGUUCAUUCGUUCGUUAGCGAAUUCGGAGAGAGAGAGACCACCAGAAGACCGCUUCAAAAGUGUUACUCUCAAACCGCUUACAAUUAGGAUCUUAGCUCAAUUUACCGUUACUUAGCGCACUUACCACCCACCCCCUAAGAAAAAGGCCAGCCGCGUGUGUUUGACGCGUCCCACUCUUUUCGUGUAUGUUGUUGUUUCAUUGUAUGUUUUAAAAACAAGUAUUUAUUGUUUGUAUCGGCGACCAGAAAACCCAGAUCGGAGUUGAAGAGGAUCGUUCCGUUCUGGCCAUCGUUCCGCAUUCGUCGGGAGUGUGUGUGUGUCGUACUCAUAUUCUACGCAAGCUGUCGCUCGUACGAAAAGUAUUAUUAGCCAUCCUUAAACAACGCACUUCUCCGACGCGACAUCCCAUUGAAUCGUGCAAUCGUUAUCAGUACCAGCACACCCGACCGAGAACAAAGUACACGAGAGCGCACCACAUUCACAAGCUGUUAAUCAAAACCGCUUACUAACAAACGGUGGCCGGAUCGUCCUUAAUAUCUGGAAGACUCGCAGAAAGCUAUCGUACCAUGCGCCACCGGUUAAGAAGGAGGUCCUCUCGACCGAUCGUCGAUCGUCUAUUAUCUGUCUCUCCCUUCUGGUGGAUGCGAUGAAUGUUAAAGAUAUGGAAAGCUAAUAAAAUCUGAAUUUAUCAUCGUUGUGCAAACA